AUGCUCUUUUUCUCCUUUUUCAAGACCUUGGUGGACCAAGAAGUCACUGUGGAGCUGAAAAAUGACAUAGAACUGAAGGGAACGCUGAAGUCGGUAGACCAGUUUCUGAACUUGAAAUUGGAUAACAUAUCGUGUUCAGAUGAGGUCAAAUACCCUCAUCUGUCUUCUGUAAGGAAUAUCUUCAUCAGAGGUUCGACCGUCAGAUACGUGUAUCUCGAUAAGAACAUGGUGGACACGAAUCUGCUGCAGGAUGCCGCAAGAAGGGAGGCGAUAGGUUCGACGAAAAAAUGA